AAUCAACCAUCUCCCGCAACAUCUUCCAUUUUAAGCCAUUGUCUCUAUUCUCUAUUUCUGUCGGCGUCAAUUUCAGGAGCAGCUGUGCUACAAUCCUCCCUUGGUGUGCUAAUAGCAUGCAUCUUCUGAAAAUUAACGAUGAUGGCAACUUCAGCCUGACCACGUUUGUCGGCAGCAACGUUCCGUCUUACGCCAUCCUUUCGCACACAUGGAAAGCAGACGACCAGGAACUUACUUUCCAAGAUCUAAUAAGCGGGACCGGAAGAAACAAAGAUGGUUAUAGAAAAAUCCAGUUUUGUGGAGACCAAGCAAAGAAAGACCGCCUACAAUACUUCUGGGUAGAUACUUGUUGCAUCGACAAGUCGAGUAGCUCAGAGCUCAGCGAGUCUAUCAAUUCCAUGUUUCAGUGGUACCAGAAUGCCGAGGUCUGCUACGUUUAUCUUGCGGACCUUCCUCCAGAUUCGGACCUGUCGAGACUUCAGCUUUGCCGCUGGUUUACCCGAGGUUGGACUCUGCAGGAAUUAGUUGCACCGAAAGUGGUCAAAUUCUACGACUACGAGUGGAAUGCAAUUGGUACGAAGGUUGAACUCGUCGAUAUCAUUUCAAGUUCUACCAGCAUCCCAUCUCAUCUUCUUCUUGGGCAUUCCGCGUUAUCAGAUUCGUCUAUCGCCACAAGAAUGUCCUGGGCUGCUCAACGGCAAACAACCCGUCUCGAGGAUUUGGCAUACUGCCUCUUGGGAAUCUUCGAGGUGAACAUGCCCUUGAUCUAUGGUGAGGGCAUGCGAGCGUUCCGGCGUCUGCAGGAGGAAAUCAUCAAGCGCAAUAACGACUUGACAAUAUUUGCGUGGGAACUUCCACAGGAGUCGAGAGCACAAUUUGUCGGGCUUUUCGCUCCGUCACCUUCUGCGUUCGCUGCAAGCUCCGGUAUUAUUCCAUUUUCAGACGACUCUAUGAACUUCUCCGUUACAAACAGAGGCCUCUUCUUCACCGGCGGCACCUUUAUUCGAGUUGCUACUGUCCCCACAAGGGGCGACCGCGUUGAGACGUUGUACUUUAUCUACUCGGGUCUUAAGCUCCACAUGUCAGUUCCAACAGAAUCCGGCACCUUCCGUAGAGAUGUAGGCAUUUAUCUCCGCAAGAUUGGUCCAAAACUGUUUUGCCGAGAAGGACUUCUCCCAUUGGCCGGCCUCAAAACGAAGAUUGAACAGAUUGAGAUGUACGAAGUCGCCGAGAAGUACAUUCUGCUUGAUCCAACCCCUGCCAUUACCAAUAGCUCUUUGUCAUUUCGGAAUCUUGCCGUUCACCUUCCACUUCAUGAUGCAUUCCAGCUUCGGGAAGCAAUUCCGGAAACCUUAUGGGACCACACCGACAGAGUGUUCUUGCGGCCGAAGCGCUAUCAUUGGAUCAAGCAUCCCAUAGUACUCGCUAUGAGUUUCAGUGUGCGUCUUAUCAAUGCGACCGUCCCGCUGGUGCUCCUCUGUGACUACAGAGAAGCAGUUCCGAUUCUGAAAGUAUUCAACCCGAACACCUAUCUUCAGGAGUCCAAAAUUAUCUUCCAACAAAAAUAUAGAGAAGAAGGAAUAACUUGGGAGGACCUGGAGAUCCAGACUCCGGGCAUUCAUGCGCUCCAUGACUCUACAACCAUGAGAAUUGGGACUUGUCUUUUCGUCGUCUCUGCCUUACUAGAAAAGAGAACUAUUCAACACCUGUCUCAUAAUGUGAAUGUUUGGAGUUUGUUUCUGACGAUAAUCAAAGUAGAAGCACGGUAGUUCGCAGUGACGAGGAGAAGUAUACUGAUUAAUGCUAGCGCGAUUGUGGCAAAUGUCAUAAAUUCAUGGACUCCCU